AUGUCAAAUAUAAAAAAUUUAAUCAACUCUCAAAAAUUUUCCGCGACAAAUAAUAAUAAUAAUAAAAAGGUUAAAGAACAAUAUAGUUUGGAAUUUUACUUUAAUAAACAAAAUAAUAAUGUAAAUAAUGUCGAGAGUGUAGUUGCUUUUGCCACAAAAACGACAAAAACAGAAAACGAUAUACUUGGAUUUGAGGUACAUAAGAAAGAAGACUUAGAAGAUUUAGAAGAUUACCGGGAUUUUGAGGAAAAUAUAAUUUUACUUCGUAUAAAUGGUUCAUUUUUGAGAGAAACUAGUGUUGAGAAUCAUUGGCUUGAUGUAUUAGAGUGGAAGGAGUAG